CCCGUCCGUGGUGCGCCUGACUCCACCCGCCCCACCUCUGUCUCCUUCGCCCUCUUCUGCUUCUCUCUCGCCCCUUCCGCGCUCAUCCUCUUCUCGCUCUCCCCCCGAUUCCCACCGCUGAAAUCGCGCCUCCUCCGGGACCAAAAUGCGGGCGCCGCUGGGCUGUGCCAGAUCUCCACGGCCGGGUCCUUUCCGCGCACCCAGCCCCACCCUCUCCAUCCACACCCCCUUCUCCUCCACUCCCUUUCUGCCUUGCCGCCCUCUCUCUGCCUUUCUUUUGUUCCUGCGUUGCAUUUCCCCACCACUCUCCCUAUAGCUCACCCAGCUCACCUCUCCCACAGACCCGAUUGGCCCUUUGUCUUUGCCACACACCCCUCCCUCCCUUCACCCCAUAACUCACUGGUCACAUUUUCUCCAGGCCCCUCUGCUGUUUCUCCUUGGCUGGAGACCACCUCUCCCUGCAAUUUUCCCUGCUUCAUAUGCUCAUUCUCUUUUCCAGCCGCUCCUUAUUCACCCCUUCUUUCCCUCUUCCAACGUUUAUUCUCUCUGCUCCCCUCCCCUCCUGUAUCUCUCCCUCCCCCAUUUUGUGUUUCCCUCCCUUCAACCUGAUUUGCUCCCCGGAUAGACCCCUUUGUGGGUCUUCCAGGGUUUCCAUCUCCUGUGCCGCUCACUCCUUCUCUCCCUCCCUCCGCCGCCUUCCCGCAUUCUUUCUCUCCGUCACCCUCUUCUUUCUCUCUGCAGACACUGCCCAUGGAUACCAGCCCCCCAACUCCGGACCCUGGGGGCCCGCGGAGGGACUUUGCGGCCCCUGUGCCCGAACCAGGCCCCCCGUCCUUUGAAUGGCUGCUGGGGCGGCUCGGGGCGGGGGGCCAACGCCAGCGCCUCCUGCUGGCCCUCAGCUGCCUGCCCUGCCUCCUGCUGGGCCUUGGGGUGGGCUCGGACGCCCUGUUCACCUUGACCCCCCCGCUCCGUUGCCGGGAUCCCAAUGGCACCAGGCCCCCGGAGAACACCACCAACACCUCCUCGGUCCACCCGCUCAACCCCUGCCGGGACCCGCCCUGCCAGGUCUGGGACUUCGGGGGACUUCCAGCCCUCACCAGCAAUCCUGUCACUGAGUGGUCCCUGGUUUGUUCCCGAGGAUGGGCUGUCCCCUUGGAGCAGCUCUGUUUUCUGCUGGGCUUUGCCGCUGGGGCCCUUUUGCUAGGCCACCUGGCGGACAGUGUGGGGCGGCGUGGGACUCUGCUCCUGGCUCUUGCUCUGGGCUGUCCUGCCGGGAUCUUGGCUGCGUUUGCUGCCUCUCCUGCCGUCUUCAUGUUGGGCCGUUGCCUCUGGGGGGCACUGCUGGGAGGCAUGCAGCUUGCCCUCUACCUUAGCCGUCUGGAGCUGUGUUGUCCUCCACAGCGGCUGCCUGUAGCUAUGGCAGGGGACCUUCUCAUGGUUGGGGGUCACUUCCUCCUCCUGGGGCUGGCGUUGGCUUGUGGCAGUUGGCGGGUCCUGCAGGGCGUGAUGUCGGCUGGGCUGGGCCUGUGCCUACUCUACGGCUGCCCAGGACUGUACCCCGAAUCGCCUCGUUGGCUCUUGGCCACUCGCCGAACGGCACAAGCCAAGGAGAUCCUGGUGGCCCUAGCCCAGGGCAGUGGGACGCAGGAGUCUGAGGCUCAGGAAGCCCUAGAGGAACUGGACAACACCUGUCACCUCCCUGCUGCCUCUCAGAUCUCGCUCCGUGCCCUGUUGGCCUGCAGAAAUAUCUGGAAAAAUGUUCUCGUCCUUGGCUUCACCACCUUCAUAGCCCACGCCAUCUGCCACUGUUACCACCCAGUCUGGGAGUCCCUGCAGGAUCCACGUACCAAGUUCUACCUCUUGUACCUGCUGUCGACCGGCAGUGCAGGCCUGGCCUGCCUCUUCCUGUGCCUGAGCGUGGACCGGUAUGGCCGCCGUGGGAUCCUUCUGCUCACCACCACGCUGACGGGCAUCGCCUCCCUCAUCUUGCUGGGGCUGGAAGAAUAUCUCAACGAUUCUGCACGGGUAACGUUCUCCAUCCUGGGCCUGUUCUCCUCCCACGCGGCUGGCUCUCUCAGCAUCUUCUUUGCCUCUGAGGUCAUUCCCACUAUUAUCAGGGGGAAAGGCCUAGGCAUGAUCCUGGCGCUGGCGUCUCUGGGCGGGCUGAGCGCUCCCUUGCUCUGGCUGCGAGAACAGCACGGCUCGUUCCUCGAACACAUUGUGCUGGCGUCCUUCAACAUCCUCGCCCUCCUGUGCUUGAUGCUGCUACCCGAGAGCAAGCGGAAGGCGCUGCCGGAAGGCCUCCGUGAGGGAGAACUUUACCGGAGGCCUUCGCUGCUCCGCCGGGCCGGGGGCUCCGAAGGCCGAGGCGCCGAGGGGGCGAGCCGGCGCGAUGACGUGCCCCUGCUGUCCACGCCCAACCCCGCGAGCUGAUGCGCCAUGCCUUCCACCCGCCGCGGCUGAAUCUUGACCACUUUGCCUCCCACCUGGCAUGGCGUUCCUCAGCCAGACCGUGCCCAACCCAGCUGAGGAGUGAGAGGAAGGGGCGGCCGGAGGAGGGCCACGAGUGACCGGCGCGCCUUUCAUUUUCUGUUUCUGGCGUAUCGUGAAAAGCAGGGAGGUGCCAGUCUUCUCCCUCGUGAAAUCUGGAAGCCACGUCACACCCGGAGCAGAAAAAGGAGCAACGCCAGUCACUAGAGAGCCUACACUUGGACUGACUCAUCGGGAUACUCCCCCACAGUGGUGGAGACUGAAUACCGAUUGCUAAAUUUGCCACCCUGAGCGAAGCCCAAACAAGGACAGGAUAUUUCCAGCCCCCAAACUCUCAGAUUCGGGAGGCAGGAGAGACAGAAGAAGGGGGAGACGCUUCUCAGUGCAAUAAAUCUUCAGACUCUGUUUCCAGAAAGCCAAUCUCUCCUCCUUGCUCCUCAUCCCCGUGCCGACUUCUGACUAGCUUCCCUCCAUUUUAUCAACAGCUGUAUGACAAGCAGAAAUCAAACAGGGGAAGCGUUGCCCAGAAUGGAAGAUGCAGCCGUAGGGAAGGCUUGGCCUGCUGCAUUUCUGUCUGUCUGUUUUUAAAUGCACAGGAACUCCGACAGAAAAAUAGGUGGCAAUCCUAGAAGGGUAUUCCUCCUGCUACCUUUCAUUUUUCUGAAAUCAUGUCUUUUGGAGGCCAUUGUACUGCACCUGGGUCACUUGACUUGUCCGUCAUCUGGAUAUUUAACUAUUUUAGAGGUAUUAUCUGCUUUAAUCCCUGAACAUGAGGGUGGUUGACAACCCCUUUUGGUCAAAUUGGGGGGUUUUGUUCCCAUUUGAAGACACUGCAGCUGAGCACAGCCUAACUCCCUCUUGGCCAGUUGCUGAUUUUAAAGUCAGGCUGUAAGCAUUCAACCUAUGCACUACAUUAGGGGCUUCCCAACCUUGGGUCCCUAGAUGUUGGACUACAACUCCCAUCACUUCCAGCCACAAGCUGGGGAUGAUGGGAGUUGUAGUCCCAGCACCUUGGGACCCAAGGCUGAGAACCCCUGCUCUGAAUCACACGUGUUAAUAAUAAUUAGUGUAGGAUUUCUCAGUCAACAAAGGGCUUUUAACAUCUCUUUUUCUGGCUCCAGAGAGAUCUGGCCAAAUGGAACCAAGGUCUUGUGAAGUCUUUUAGGCAUACAUGGAUGCUUGGAUCUGAUAACCCUUUUUUGUCAUUUUUGGUCACUUCACAGACUUUUUCAUCUUUUUGUUUUUGGCACCUUGGUUCCUCUCUCUAGUUCACCGAAGGCUUGUGUGUGUUUUCUGGCCCUAAGAAUCUCUCCGGAUGACCUUGGUUCUCUCAGCCUAACUUACCUCACAGGGUUGUUGUGAGGAUAACAUGGGGAGAAAUCACCAUGUCGCUACCCUGAGCUCCUUUGAGGAAGGGUGGGAUAUCAAUGUAAUAAUUAAUAAGCUGCCCCCCCUCCCCAUAUGUCCUUAGCCCCCAAUCACACACCUUCAACUGCCCCACAUGAGCAUUAUCCAAUAUUGGCUCUUCCAGCCAGAAACCUAGAAGUUUUAGCUGCCUAAGUAGGCAGAAGUUCCACAGGGGCAUAUUUCCUCAUUGCAUGAUCAUGCUGGGAAAUGCUCCUGUUGAAUUCUGCUUUCAUGCUGUUUAGGCCCACAAUCCCUGAGGGAGAGCUCUCCUCAAAAGGGCCCAUCUUCCUUAACAUUUCAGCAGCUGCACAGCAUUCCAAGGGCAGAUAAUACCACAAUAGAACUCCCUUUCAGAUGCUGUGGGUCAAGGAGGCCACUGCCAACAGUUCUGCUCCCUCCGCCCUGCUCCCCAUCAGGCAUUGCUGACAAUUUCGCCUCUUUGGGCAGAGAGAAGAAUCUUCACAUUUUCAUCAGCAAGAGUAGAAGAUGCAUUCAACAUGGGGAGAAAGGAGCAGAGAUGGACAUGGAGCAACAGACAACCCCCCCCCAUCAAAGUGUUUUAAGAUGCAAUCCAAGCAAGAGACUCAGACUACUUUUCAGCUGCUUUUUAUCCUAAAGGGAAACAAUUACUGACUGUUAAAUAAGCUAAAUACAGAUUCUAAAAACUUGAA